UAAGAGGGCCUUGUAGGUGACCCAACGCCCGAGUCCGAGCGGCCCCCGUGCAAGGGGCAAUAAAGUGACCGUUUCCCAUUCAGCAGGGGAUAUGACUUGGUGAAAAACAGCGGCAUUCGGACCCUCUGCCAAGGCGGCAGCAAACGAUAAGGGUUUAAAUAUCGGCGAUUCCGCGGACCGGGGCGAGCGGGCAACACGGCAUACGUAUGCCGAAAUGCUUCCCAAAUCGGUCGUCGAGCGCUACUCACGACUAACUCCACGACUAACUCCACACAAUUUUAAAUGCUUGGCAGGAGGUAAAGGGCCACUCUGGAAAUAUCCACGGUGGUUCUAAGGGGCUGGUGAGAUUUUUUUCUAUAUAAUCGAACGUCGUCGACGAUCCUCUUCCCAGUUAAUCCUUCUCGUUACCUCACCCUUUCCAUUCCCUAAGAAAACCCCUCCACAGUCAUUACCAAAACCCCACUACAUUCGUUAGCAAAAUAUAUACUUAGCGAUCAACAACGGUCCUUAACUGCCCCCAACACCGCCCACAUCUUCUUUCCCUGGCAGCCCCUUCACUGCCAUCAUGAAGUUCUUAUCCGCCACCGCCGCCGCCGCCUUCCUGGCGUCGGCUGUCGUUGCCGUUCCAGCCGCCCGGUCGGUCCCCUCCGUCCCCGCACCCCGCUGGGACCUCGUGGCCGACAAGGAAGCGGUAACCGAGGUUAUCGCCUCGAUUCAGGAGAACCAAAUGGCCAAGCUUAAGGCCCGGGCCGGGAGCGGCGGGUGCACCGCUGAGAACGUUAGGGUCCGGAAGGAGUACGGCGACCUUACCAAAGAGGAGAGGUCCGAUUACAUUCGGGCGAUCCAGUGCCUUAUGGACAAGCCGGGCAAGGUCGACCGUACCUUUUCUCUAGGCACGAGGUCUCGCUUCGACGACUUUGCCGUCGAACACAUUACAAAAACUCUCGGAAUCCACUUUACAGGCAACUUUAUGGCCUGGCACCGCUGGUUCCUCUACGCGUAUGAAACCGCACUGCGCGACGAGUGCGGCUACAAGGGUUACCAGCCUUACUGGGACUGGGCAAAGUACGCCGAAGCGCCCCAGGACUCGCCCGUCUUCAACGGCGACGAGUGGAGUCUCGGCGGCAACGGCGCCCCCAACCCGGACCGUGUGGGCGCGAUUAUCGGCAAGGGCCCCGGAGGUGGUCUUGUCCACCUGGUUCGUGGCCUGGGAGGUGGGCCCGUUACGACUGGUCCUUUCGGCACCAACCGCACCAUCCUGCUGGGUCCCGUGCAGCCCGACCCGCCCGCUACCGUCGGGCCCAACGGGGGUUUGGGGGUAAACCCGAGGCCGUGGGUGCGCGAUGUAGGCCCUGCCGUUAACCUGCGCUACGCAAACUACACGACCCUGCUAGACCUCCUGAACCAGCCCGACAUCGACAAGUACCGGUCCCUGUCCGAAGGGCCCAAGGGGUCCCUCGAAAUCGGCCCCCACGCCGCGGGCCACUACGUUAUCACCAGUGACCCGGCCGACGACGUCUUUACCUCGCCCACCGACCCUGCCUUUUUUGUGCACCACGCUAUGGUCGACAGGAUGUGGGCUUUAUGGCAGGAGCUGGACGAGUCGACGCGCCGCACCGACCUCGGCAAGGACGUAUACGCCCACCUCACCUGGCAGAACAACCCCCCGAGCGGCCUGGCUACCCUUGACGACGUCCUAAACGUCACGUAUGUCGGCCCCCAAACCACAAUCCGCGAGGUCAUGGACACCACCUCAAGCCCGUUCUGCUACGUUUACCAGUAGGGUGGCGGCGGGUACUCGAAAAUGGAAUAAGAGGGUGUCUCCGUGCUUCCUAUUUUGUCCGACGGGCCCAUUCAGCUUUCCUAUUGCACUCCAACACCCACCCAGGCGCAUCCAUUUCAUUAACAACCUUGUCAUUAUCCACUGCCAGAAUAGCGUUACAAACAGCGGAUCCUCGUGUUAUUUGGUUUUUGUUACUUGUAUGAAUAUCGCACGCUCCUAAACUCUUCGCAAGCUCAAGCCAGCCCUGUACAUAAAUUGGUUUUGGAUACUUGUACAAUAUCAAAGUCCCAUGUUGAUGGCUUAUGUGUGUUUUUUUCCUAACCUAUACCAACGCCGCUUAUAUUGCCGAA